AUGAAAUCGAUAUCAUAAUAGACACGAUCUUUGAUUCAUAAAUAACAAGACUUGGGAUUAAUAGAUUCUAGAAUUUCUUAAUUAAAAUAGUAAUUAUAAUUGUAAGAAUCAAACAAUCAUAUUAUUGAAUUCAAGGUUAAUAAAAUUUUGGAAACUAAAAAGAACGCAUCUAAAGAUUAAUCUGAUGUAUUAUCUGUACUUUAUUUAUCUAGUAUAGUAGAAGAUUAGAAAACCUUAAUUAAGAAUAGCAAAACAGAAACAGUAAAAUUAAGUUAUUGAAACAUUUAAAAGAGGAAGAUUCAAUAAGAAGAAAAAGAGAUUUAGAUGAAGAGAAACGACUUGAAUAAGAAGUAAUGAAAGAACGAUCAAUGCUAUAUUAAUUGCAAUACAAACAUAGUUAAAAUGAAGAACUUUAACAAAAAUAAUAGUAAUUCUAAAAGGUAAAUUUUACCAGAUAUAAUUUAACAGAUUUAAGAAUAGAAAUUCAGAAUGA